AUGAGCGAGCUCGACGUCCACCUCGCGGCCGCCUACCUCAAGCGCGUGUCGCUCUCGUCGAGCGCGCUCGACGAGCUGCUCGAGGAGGAGUCCACGCGCAAGCUGCGGCGCGUGUCGUCCUCCAAUAAUCUGGAGGAGGGCCAGAACGUUGGUUCUACCGGUGUCCGGUUCGACGGCUCGCCCAAGGGCAAGGAGCACGGGCGACGGCUGCGCGGCGCCGACGACAUGCGAAGAGUUGUGAGCGCGGACGACAUGCGGCGCGCGGCGCCGGGCGCCGCGCCCGACGAGACGUUACCGACGGUCUCGGACGACAGCAACACGUCCGUGCCAGCGUCGAGCCCGCCGCCCGGCGACGGAGGCCCUCGAUGCCCUGCUGGUGCGCCUGGAAGAGCGGCGCGCGCUGGGCCCCGUGGAAUUGGGCCGGUGCUCGGAGCUCGCGGACGCGACGGACGAGUUCGUCCGGCGAGGCUUGUUCGACGCGCUCGUGGCCGCUCUGGACAGAAACGUCUGGAGCGAGCUCGGCGCGUUGGUGGAUGUACAUAGACGCGCCCGACCCUACGACCUGCGCGACGACCUGCGGCGGGCCAUCUGCGUCAAUCGGCAAGAAGCGGUCAAGAGGCGGUUAGCCGGCGACGAGGCCGGCGCCUUGGAGGCGAUGCGUGAUUUCAAGAAGUGCCAGUGGCAGCUGAAGCACGUCAUCGAAUUUUUUGAUGCGCACAUCGCCAUGUACGGCCGCCGGUGA